UCUUUAAUUACCGUCAUUGUGUACACAGUGAACAAACACAUUUCUGCAGCAUAGCUAAUUACCAAAAAGAAUCAGAGGCUGUCUUUCAUGGCAAGCAUAGCACGAAAAUUUAUCCCCAAUUUUUUAUGUCUGCUACUCUUCCUGGGUCUAUCUUCUUCUGAGCAGCGAAACACAUUAGUGCAACGACAGGAGCUCAAAGAUGGAGAUGAAUUAGUUUCAGCUGGUGGAAAAUUUAGAUUAGGAUUCUUCAACCUUACAAGUAACAAUUCCUACUUAGGAAUAUGGUACGAUGGUGACUCCCUCACGAAUGUAGUGUGGGUUGCCAAUCCAAAUGCUCCACUGUUUGGCAAUUCUGUAAGUCUUAUUAUUGAUGACUAUGGGAGUUUGAAAAUGGAUCCUUCUAUUUCACUACAUACAGGACAAGAAGCAAGUAAUUGUAGUGCUGUUCUACUUGAUACUGGUAACUUUGUACUACAUGAGCUGAAUUCAGAUGGAACUGUGAAGAGGGAAUUGUGGCAAAGCUUUGACUAUCCCACUGAUACACUUCUGCCAGGAAUGAAACUGGGAUUCAACAAAAAAAGUGGACAAACUUGGUCUCUAAAAUCAUGGAGAAGUGACGUGGUACCUGACACAGGGGCCUUUACUUUUGGCAUGAACGAGGACUCUAUACCUGGAAAUGAGUUCAACAUCAUGCAGCACGAGGACGAGUAUUGGACAGGUGGGUUUUCGCAAGAUGAGGGUUACCAGCACAAGCCAAUAAAUGGUUUCACUUUACAAGAUCAAAGAGGUUCCUCUUACGCCUUUUCAAAGAUAUCGAAUGAGAAUGAAACAUACUUCAACUAUUCGGCAAAUAAAGACAUCAAAACGUUCCCACGGUUAAGGAUAGAUUACUUGGGAAAGCUUUAUGUAGGUGAAAGGUUGCUUGUUCAAUGUAGUUUUCCUUCCCUCGCUUCAGAUGAUCAAGGAUGUGUGAAGAAAAAGCUUCCGGGGUGCAGGAGCCAUGAUAUUACAUUUGCUGAACGUUCAGGUUACUUCGUGGAUGAUGAUGAAUACGAGUUUCAUAAGGAUGACAACCUGACCCAUAUGGAUUGUGAAGACAAAUGCGUGACAAUUUGUUCUUGUGUUGCCUUUGAGCCUUCAAAGGAAGAUGGCACCGGCUGUAAGGUUUGGACCACCACGCCAAAUUUUAAAAUGGCUUUGAAUGCAUCAAAAGUAUACUUCCUCGAAUACGAAGCAAAGUUGUCUGUCAAUGCAGCAAAGCCAAAUAGGUGGUGGAUAUGGCUCAUUGUGGCAGUAGGAGGAGUCAUUAUCACCUUGUUCUUCUCCUUAUGCUAUGCAAAAAUAAAUAAAAAACGCGUAGCGGAAGGGGAGAGAAAAAGGAAACAAAAUAUGCUCAUACAAGAACUCGGAGGUAAUGCAAUACCUUCCACCGUACAUAACAACGUGAACAAUCAAAACAAUGAUGGGCAAACUAGCCAUGAGUUGCAUGUCUUUAGCUUUGAAAGCAUUACAAUUGCUACAAGUAAUUUCUCAACCGAAAAUAAAUUAGGAGAGGGUGGUUUUGGACCAGUUUAUAAGGGAAAAUUACCUGAUGGACGAGAAAUAGCAAUAAAGAGACUUUCAAAAAGUUCUGGACAAGGAUUGUUAGAAUUCAAGAAUGAAGUUAUUCUCAUUGCCAAACUCCAACACACUAAUCUUGUAAGACUUUUAGGAUUUUGCAUUCAAGAAGAAGAAAAUAUGCUAAUCUAUGAGUACAUGCCCAACAAAAGCUUAGACAUCUUCCUAUUUGAUCCUACUAAAAAGUACAUAUUAAAUUGGAAAACACGCUUCAAUAUUAUUGAAGGCAUUGCUCAAGGACUUGUUUAUCUCCACAAAUAUUCAAGACUAAGAAUUGUUCACCGAGACUUAAAAGCUAGCAACAUUUUGCUUGAUGAAGAGAUGAAUCCAAAAAUAUCCGAUUUUGGGUUAGCUAGAAUAUUUGGAUUGAAAGAAUCAGAAGAAAACACAAAUAGAGUUGUUGGAACAUAUGGUUAUAUGUCCCCAGAGUAUGCCAUGAAUGGUAUUGUUUCAAUAAAAACUGACGUAUUCAGCUUUGGAGUUCUAUUAUUAGAAAUUGUGAGCGGCAAGAAAAAUAAUAGUCGUUAUCAUUCUGAUCAUCCACUCAACCUUAUAGAUUAUGCAUGGAAAUUAUGGAAUGAAGGUAAGGAUUUGGAGCUAAUUGACCCAACAAUAUUAGAUGACUCAUGCAGUCUAUAUGAAGUAUCAAGAUGCAUUCAUGUUGGUCUCUUAUGCGUGCAAGACCAAGCAACAGAUAGACCGACCAUGAUGAAUGUUGUUUCUAUGCUUUCAAAUGAAACUCUUCAACUAUCUCCUCCAACGCAACCUAUUUUUUUUAUUAACACAUUUGUGGAAGAGAAUCCUGUUUCUGAAAUUAAGCCAGAAAGUUGUUCCGUAAAUAAUGUCACAGUUUCUGUGAUGAAACCUAGAUAAAUACUAGAAUAUAGUAUGUAUAUAUAUGCCAUCUCAAAAAAAAGAAGAAGAAAAAAGUAUGUAUAUAUAUGCCUAUGUGAUAACUGAUAAGGGCUAUUCUCGAUUAUGACUAGUCAAGAUGUAUCCCUGUUUCUAAUGUUUUUAUUAGAAGCCUUG